GUUGUGGUGGGAUUGCGCAUGCGCAAUGAGAUGAAUGGCGGCCGCGUUUACAGCCCACCAGGAAGUGUGGCGGACAAAUAAUCCGACGUUCUGCGGCCUUUGCGACUGAGAUCGGAGGAGGCAGCGACGCCGGCCGCGUCGGUACCGGCUCCGACCCGGAUUCGGCCUCCGGGACCUGGGUUGAUGCGGGCAGUCUGCGGGGUUCCCCGCCCGCCUGUCGCCUCCUCGGCCCGGGGCUGCUCGCUCCGACACGCCCGCCCUGACCAUCCUGACCAUCCGCCUGUCGCCUCCUCGGCCCGGGGCUGCUCGCUCCGACACGCCCGCCCUGACCAUCCUGACCAUCCGCCUGUCGCCUCCUCGGCCCGGGGCUGCUCGCUCCGACACGCCCGCCCUGACCAUCCUGACCAUCCGCCUGCCGCCUCCUCGGCCCGGGGCUGCUCGCUCCGACACGCCCGCCCUGACCAUCCUGACCAUCCUGACCAUCCUGACCGCCCGCCUGUCGCCUCCUCGGCCCGGGGCUGCUCGCUCCGACACGCCCGCCCUCCGCCUGCGAUGGGAUGCUGCGGGAGUGCGGAGAGGACAAAGAGAGAAUGGAGACCACUGGAGGAGAGAAGCUGCACUGACCUGCCCUGGUUCCUGCUCUUCACCCUCUUCUGCGUCGGCAUGGGGAGCGUGUGCGCCUACACCGUGGUCACAGGUGGCGCCGCCCGCCUGGUAAUGGGCUACGACAGCUACGGCAACACCUGCGGCCGCCCCAACCAGCACCUGGACCAGGUCCCGCUCAGCGGCCUGGACCACACCGACAGAAACUUCGUCUUCUUCUUGGAUCCUUGCAACAUCGACAUCGUUCAGAGGAAGAUCAAGUCGCUGGCGUUGUGCGUGUCCCUGUGUCCUCCUCAAGUCCUGCACACCUACCAGGACCUCAAGAGGUUCGCUAUGGUCAACGGUUCGGAGUUGUGCUCGUACGAGCUAGCUGGUCACAAGUACCCCGCUGUGCCCGAGAGGUUCUCCAAGUGUCCCAAACUCCCUGUCCCGCCCAGCAAGCCUCUGCCACUCUUCAACCGCUGCACGCCGCUGGACUUGGCGUGCUACACCAAGUUCGCACAGGCCGUGGUCACCUUCGUCAGCGACGACUCCUUCCUGCACCGAGUCAUCGCCGGCGUGGUGGCCAGUAAAGAAGUCAUCGUGGGACUUUGUCUUCUGGCGUUGGUGCUGUCCAUGAUCCUCAUGGUGAUCAUUCGCUACAUCUCGGCCGUCCUGGUCUGGAUCCUCACAUCCUUGGCGGUCCUGGCUUCUCUCGGCGGUACCGGCGUGCUGUGGUGGUUCUACGUGGACCACCGUCUCCACGGCAACGACACCCACACAAAGGUGACGGAGGAAGAGGAGGAGGAGUCGUCGAGGCCAGACGCGAACCAGACGCUGCUGGUCUACGCCAUCGCCGCCAGCGUCUUCACCGUCAUCUUGCUGCUGCUGAUGCUCUUCAUGAGGAAGCGAGUGGCGUUGGCCAUCGCUCUGUUCCACGUGGCGGGCAAAGUCUUCAUCCACCUGCCGCUCCUCACCCUCCAGCCCUUCAUCACCUUCCUGCUGCUGCUCCUCUUCUGGCUCUACUGGGUCCUGGUCCUGCUCUUCCUGGGGACCAGCGGAGAGCCGGUCCACAACGAGGAGACGGGCCUGACGGAGUUCCGUCUGACGGGGCCUCUGGAGUACCUGACCUGGUACCACGCUGUGGGUCUGGUGUGGAUCACAGAGUUCAUCCUGGCGUGCCAGCAGAUGACGGUGGCGGGGGCGGUGGUCACCUACUACUUCACCAGGGACAAGAAGCGACUUCCUGCGUGGCCCAUUGUGCACGCGGCUCUGAGGCUGCUCAGGUACCACGUGGGCACGGUGGCCAAGGGCUCCUUCAUCAUCACCCUGGUGAAGGUCCCUCGUCUGAUGCUCAUCUACGUCAGCAGGCAGCUGAAGGGCAAGGAGAACGCCUGCGCUCGCUGUGUGUUGAAGUCCUGCAUCUGCUGCUUGUGGUGUUUAGAGAAGUGCCUCAACUAUCUCAACCAGAACGCAUACGCCGCCACCGCCAUCAACAGCACCAGCUUCUGCACGUCAGCGCGAGACGCUUUUGUGCUCCUGGUGGAGAACGCCCUGCGAGUCGCCACCGUCAACGCCAUCGGAGACCUGGUGCUCUUCCUGGGGAAGAUUCUCGUCGUUACGACGACGGCGUUCGCCGGCGUGCUGCUGCUCAACGCCCGGCGAGAUUACGCCGAGUGGCUGCUGCCGCUGGUCAUCGUCUGCCUCUUCGCCUUCCUGGCGGCGCACUGCUUCCUGUCUGUCUUCGAGAUGGUGGUGGACGUGCUCUUCCUGUGCUUUGCCAUCGACACCAAGUACAACGACGGCACGCCGGGCAAGGAGUUCUUCAUGGACAAGGCUCUGAUGGAGUUCGUGGAGAGCAGCCGGCGCCUGGAGCGCGUGGCCGGCCGCGGGCGCAGCAGAGUGAAGGCCACUUCCUCAGAGGGCGCCGAGAUGAAGCCCAUGGCCGGCGGGAGCGGGAGCAGCUCAGCCUGACACACUGGGGGAGGUGUCAGACAGAACAUUCCAGAAGUCAGGUGGAACACUUGUGGAGAGUAUUUAGCUAAGAAUAACCACACCUUCACUGGGGGAGAGAACGUUCCAGAAGUGAGGAGUAACACUGGAGAGUAUUUAGCUAAGAAUAACCACACCUUCACUGGGGGAGAGAACAUUCCAGAAGUGAGGAGUAACACAGGAGAGUAUUUAGCUAAGAAUAACCACACCUUCACUGGGGGAGAGAAUGUUCUAGAAGUGAGGAGAAUAACCACAGCUAACAAGCACUUUACAUGGAAGAGUUUUCUUCUCCACCUUUUGGGACCAGGACGCUCUGUGACCUCUGAUGACCUCAUCUCUUCUCUCAUUGGUCAAUCCUCCAACAUGGCCGACCGUCACUCGGUUGCCCCCUGAGGUCACAUGACCGCCGAGAUCCUACGGCGGUCUCCGGGUGUGGGCGGAGCUUCCUGCAAUAAAACAAGAGUCUUCCUGGCGUGAGGCGUUGAGGUCUCAAGACAGGAAGGCGGAACUUGAAGGCGGGUUCCACACACUCCACACUACCCAUGAUGCUCAGCCCACCGCCUGACUUUCUCCCAUGUGAUCAGAUACCAGCUGCUGAUUGGCUCCCACACAAGGAAAAGGGUUGGCUCAGUCAGGGCGAGUCCCAAGAAUCAGCGAAGGGGGCAGGGUCAGACCCUUCCAAGAAUCAGCCAAUGGCAGCGCAGGGGGCGGGGUCACAACCAAUCAAGUGGAGCGAGUUAGUUGCAUGACCUGGCUUCUUCUUCUUCACUUUGUAAGUCACGUGACUCGGUGCCGUCAUGUGACCUGAGCGCACGCUUUCACUUUCUAACUUUGGACUCUUCUUCUCUUCCUGCAGUUCCUUUUAUAUUUAUCCUUUCUUAUGUAUAUUUGUUUUUCUAAGAAAAUAGUCCAAUAAAAAUGAUAUCAACAAU